AUGAAGGCUGUUACCGCCCUUCCUCUUCUCGCCGCCCUGGCCGCGCAGGCGCACCCCAUCCAGGGCAGCCAGGAGGCCCCCGGCAUCUGCAAGUUCGACCGCGCCCCGGCCCUCGCGGCUCGCUCGAGCGUUGAGAACCCAGCCGUCUCUAAGCGUGCUAGCUCGAACUCGACCUCGACCUGGUCCCCUCCCUCGUCGCUGGCCACGGGUCUGGAUGAGGUCUGGGAGCACGAGAUGAACGAGAACCCCAGUGCCCUUGAGUUCAAGAACUACGGCUACGACCACAUCAUGGAGACCAAGGGCAAGGUCCAGUACUGCGUCCGCUGGGACAGCACCAAGAGCGUGACGGCAGCGCAGCGCGCCUCGAUCGAGAAGGCGCUCUCCAAGAUGUACAACAAGUGGGUCAGCGCGGCGCUGGUCGGCUUCGACGGCUUCCCGUACGAGUCGGUCGACGUGUCGGUCGUCGGCUGGGCGACCAAGGACAAGUCGCUGCUCGAGGGCGACACGUCGGGCAUCACGGUCCACACCGGCCACCUCGACGCCGACGGCGCGCCCGAGUGCGACCCGGCGUGCGGCCGCGCCAUCCACUACGCCGACGGCGACUACUCGGGCUGCUCGGGCGGCGACGCCGACCGCUACGACGUCUCGCUCUGGCUGUCCGACACGCUCGAUGAUGGUGCUGGCGGCUACGGCGGCGACUGGGGCCAGCAGGUCGGCGCCGACUACAUGCUGCAGAACGUCGACGAGGAGAACAUCCACAUCCUGCUCCACGAGAUGGGCCACACCCUCGGCCUCGACGACUUCUACGACUGGACCCCCACCGGCGUCACCAACUUCAUCAUGAACGCCGGCAGCGCCAUGGAGAUCACUGAGUUCGAUGCUUGGAUGGCCAGGGACUGGUUCAGGCACCUCAAGUCGAGGUGGGACUUGUAG